AUGCGUCCUCUAAAUGCAUCUAUUAUUCAUGCCUGUCUCACAGUGAACUCAACAACUCUAUAUACUUAUGACGACCGAUUUUAUGCACCAAAAUUGGAUCUCAAUUAUGCGGAACUCGUUUCCAAGAAUAUUGGCAUUAUAAACUCCGUUCCAGAAGACCGGUCAGAUGAUUAUAAGCUCAGUGGGUAUACGCUUCUCACUAACAAGAACUCCAUGGGAAAUGGUUUCGCCAAUGCCAAUCGAAGUGUGAAUUUGAUAUUGUACUACGACAAGAAGUUGAUGAAAAAUAACGACCUUAUAACACUUGUUCUGCUUUGCAGUGACACGGUGUUGAAGAGCUUUGUGUACAAUGUGAUGAACAAGUUGAUGUUCACAUACUUAAGCGAAUAUUACGAAUCGCCAGGACUUACAGCCAAUGUGACCACUACCACGAAUUUCGAGUACAAGUUGAAAAUGAAGGAGAUCAUAGUUGAGGAGCAACUCAAGCUGGCACAGUUGACUCAAAACUAUGGCUCUAUUGAUGGAGAACUUGAUGAAGUUCGAAAUAUCAUGAACGAUAAUAUAGAUAAAAUCCUAGAAAGAGGCCAGACGCUCAACAGUUUGAUUGAUAAGACACAUAACUUAAACUCUUCUUCUAACUCGUUUCGAAGACGGGCCGUUUCCUUGAAGCGUAGACUUUGGUGGUCCAAUGCCAAGUCGAUUAUGAUCGUAUGCUUUGUGGCCAUCGUGUUGCUCUAUCUUCUAAUCGGACUUGAGUGUGGACUUCCCUUCUACAGUAAAUGCAUGCAUCCUUCUAAGCCUGUGCAGCCUAAAAAAGGUAACUGA